AGAUAGGAAAACUUUAAAGGAAUAUUCUCUCCACAAGAAAAACAUUUUGAACUCAGACAAAUGGAACUUUAUUGGAACAACAUAUGAUUACCACACAGGGAUUGCAACCAUUUUUGUCAAUAAUAGCGUAGUCACCCAAAAAGUUCUCAAAGUAAAAAUGGAACUAGGUAAUGCUUCAGAAGUGCUGAUUGGAGGUUCGACCAAAUGGAAUAGGUUCUUUCGUGGCAAGAUCUCCCGUUUACAGGUUUACGAUCAGGCAUUAUCUGUGGACCAAAUAAUCAAAGUCAAGUCAAGGUGUAAUCAAACUGCACAAUUCGAAUGUGGUCCAAAUUUCUUCCAUCUCCAUGGCAGUUGUUUCUCUAUUCACACCCAGAGCGCACUUUCAUGGAAAGACGCUCAAAUAGACUGCAGUCGAAAAGGUGGUACUCUAGCCAAAGUAUCACUGGAAGGCUUGAGAUCUGCCUUAUCUAACAAGCUGGAAGAAAUGAGACCAAAGCCGGACACGUUGCAUAUUGGUUUUUCGGCGCGAUACACCUGGGCUUGGAUCGAUGGCAACCCGUUGAACGCCUCCUUAUGGAUGCGUGGAUAUCCUUCUAGUUACCAUGGACACCAGAGUUGUGUAGUUCUCUCAGCUAAUUCGUCGCGAAUCAAGAAUGAAGAUUGCAAAACGUACAGGAAUGCUCUGUGCUCCAAACGUGCUGAAAAGCUCCUAUCGCGUCAAAAUUUGCCCCAAAGCUCGAGCGUUCUGCUACCAAAUUAUCCUUAUCUGGCUAUUGACAGAUCCUUUUCCACAUGUUUUAGAUCGAAAAAGGAGUCCAGCCCUUGGUGGACGGUGACCCUUGAAAAGCCCCUCUAUGUUGAGUCUGUUGAGAUCACUGAAAAUCACGACUGCUGUCAACGAGAUAAUGGCAUUCUUAGCGUCGGCGUAUCCACUGAUGAAACCAGUUUACAUCCAUCUUGUACCAAGUUUGUGUCCUAUGGAAAGUCGUGGGAUUACAAAGUACGCUGUUCUCCACCAGCGCGUGGACGUUACGUGACAUUCAAGUUGAUUGGUAGCAAUGUCACGCUAGUUCUUUGCCAGGUUGUGAUUCGCACAGUUGAGUUCACCAGCGAAAUCCACGGAGUUUGGCGUGAUGCAUGGUAUAACGUUAACUACGACACUGAAAAAGCACCAACUAUGCGCGAAAAUCCUGCUUUCCGGGAUACACCACAAAGCCAAAUAAUUCUUCGAGAUUUCGAUACACCGGUAAACGUGGCAGAAAACUACAUUCAACGCUUGACUGGAUACUUACAGGUUCCUGAGAGUGGUAAUUACACAUUUUACGUAGCAUGCGAUGAUUUAUGUGAACUAUGGAUACAGGAUGUUACUGAGGAUGGCAUUGAAACUGUUGAUAAGAAGUCAGAAAAGACUGUGUCAAGGCAACCAAUCAUCACCAUUGAAAGAAGGACUGGCCAUCAACAAUGGGACAAGUAUAAAGCCCAGCAAACAUCACAACCAGUAUUUUUGGACAAAUGUCGCAUUUACCAAAUGGAGGUCUUUAUGAGUGAAAUAGGAGGCCUGGACCACGCAUCUUUAGGCAUGCGUAGACCAAAUGGUGAAUAUGAACGGCCUAUUCCAAGAAAAAGACUAUUUUGGACUAAACCAGGGACACGUAAACUAGAAGUGACACUUGAAAAUCACGAAUCCUCCAUAUCUGGUUUCGUUGGUAAGGAAUUGCGCAUUUCAGGAUUUUUCCAGUUCUGUUGCGAUGGUUUGUAUUGCCCAGACUGCCCGCUACAACUGAAUAUCUCAACGCUAAGAGAAAACAAAACAGUGAACCCAGCAGUGAGCCUUUCUUGUGUAAACACAUCCUUCACGGCUGUUUUCGACACGGUCAAACAGCCGGAAAAUUUUACAGUGAAGGUUUCCUCUUCGUUUGCAAGUAAUCUGGAGAGUAUUGUCGAUCAGAGGUUGUUAGCUAAUCUCCAUCUUCAAGGUGAAGUCCUUUCUCUUGUAAUUUUUAACUUGUCUUCUGAUUUAAAACCAACUAAUUUUGAUAACUUCAUUUAG